AGCGGGAAAACGAGAGAAGUAGUGCUGCUUUCUGUUGAUACAAAUUUUCGGAGUCUCUGCGGGCACGUUUGAAAUAUGUGGUAUUUUUGAAUGCUAUUUUUAAGCGUAAUUGAUUGAAACAACAUAACCAUAUUGACUGUUGGUUAGGGAGUUGGAUAAUAUAAGUUCAAACAGCUCUAGCCCGAUGACGUUGGUAUGUUUAUUCUGAUCUUGGCCACAAUCUUGCAGUUCAUGCAGCUAGAUUGUCUGGACACUUAUAUUUUGCCUUUGACCUUGACGUUAUUGUAACACGUGAACAAUGCACAACAUUCGUCUGAUUAUUUCUGGUCUUUGAAAUUGACUGACAGUGAAUGAGUGAAGCGUGACUUUUGGCGGAGACUACGGCCAGCAUGAAAAACUUCACAAUGGUGUUUUUGGGGUUAGUCCUGCUGUUUUGGUCGCGGGAACUCGGAGCAGGUCAUGCAGCGGAAGAGUUGGAAGACGGAGGAUUUCUGCUACAUCCUUCACCCACGGAAGACCCAGACCCGUCAUCCGCCCCGGUGUUUGUGGAAGAACCGAAAGAUACGUUUGUGGUAAGGAACAAGCCAGCCACCCUUCACUGUAAGGCCCGCUUUGCUCUUCAGGUGUACUUCAAAUGUAACGGUGAACUAGCCCACAGUCGCCAACACAGCAGUCAGCAAUUCGUGGAUCCCAUGAACGGCGUGAGACAAGUCGAGGUUUCCGUCGACGUAUCUCGCAAGGAGGUAGAAACUUACAAGGGACCCGACAAGUAUGGCUGUGUGUGUUUCGCCUGGUCGUCUACAGGCCAGAUAGAAAGUAGACGAGCCGUCGUUACAAUAGCAUACCUAAAGAAGCACUUCUUCAACCAACCAUUGAGUACCAGCAUUCAAAUAGAAGGCCAGAUUUCGCUCCAGUGUUUGCCACCAGAGGGUGUUCCUCCUCCAAAAAUUGCCUGGGUACGAAACGGCGAGAUCAUUGACACCAGCAAGGAAACAAACUUUAUAAUUUCGAACGAGGGCAACUUAUUGAUCAGUCAAGCGCGGUUAGCCGACAUGGGGAACUACACGUGUAGGGCUGAAAAUGUGGCAAGUCAGCGUUUCAGCGAAACUGCAGUUUUGACAGUGUAUGUGAAUGGCGGUUGGUCAAGCUGGUCACCUUGGAGCGAGUGUAGUAACCGAUGUGGCCGAGGAACACAAACCCGAAAGCGGCUGUGUACCAAUCCUGCUCCACUGAAUGAAGGAGAACAGUGUGAUGGUGAAAGCGUUCAGAAGACCGACUGUACAACACUUUGUCCCGACGUUAGGGAGGACGAUAAAGCUAUAGAUGGGCGAUGGACUUCCUGGUCAUCUUGGUCAACCUGUGGACUGGAUUGUAAACACCAUCGCAGGAGAUCUUGUAAUAACCCCAAACCUGUAAAUGGCGGCCGUUACUGUAAUGGUAAAGAUCUGGCAACUGGCAACUGUACUGGAGGCAUGUGUAGAGCCGUUCGUGACCGUGACGUCAUGGUGUAUGGAAGUAGCCGGGCUGAAGAAGCUCAUUCAGCCGAAUCAGACACCAAUAUUGCCUUGUACGUUGGUCUGUUCGUAGCAAUAGCAUUUUUUCUGGCUGUCCUUAUAGGCAUGGUGUUCGUUGUUCGAAGAAUUAAAGAACAAGACCCACCAAUGCACAUCGGUGAUGGUUCCGAAGUCGUGCCUGUCCAGCCAGAUUUAACACAAAAUGUUCUUAGCGCACAGCCUCAUCUUAGACAUGGAAGUCGUAGUGACUUAAACAGCAACGAAAAGUUGGGUUUAUGCGUAACCUACCCUCACCUGUAUCCUGCUAACAUACCCCCAAGCCCUGCACAAAGUCGCGUUCCGUUACUGGACACACAACGUUCACAGACUCCUAGCUCAGUUGAAAAGCUACCACAGUCCGAGUCCUCAGCCUCUGGACCAUCUUCUUUAUCAAGCUCACGAGCAAACUCAAUUUUCGGACCGGAAGUUCCUUCUGGAAGAAAUUCUGUGACGUCAGCGAUACUUCCACCCAAUCUCGAUAUUGAGUGCAUUGCAUGGAAGAUCGUAACUAAGGCUGGAGCAAGGAUAACCGUUCCUGACUCUGGAAUAACUGUAACUAUUCCAAAACGGGCAAUGAAAGCAGGCGCUAAAGAAGAGAUUUAUGUUGCAGUACUAAGAGAAGACAAAGAUCGGCCAAGGCUUACAGAUAAACAAACUCUUCUGAGUCCAGUGAUUCAGAUUGGGCCCCCAGGUGUCGCUUUGAAAAAACCAGUCAUUAUUAGUUUUCAACACUGUGCUGUUGUUGAUCCAGAUAAUUGGAACGUUCACGUUUAUAGCAGCGAAAGUAGUACAGAAGAAGAAAAUCCAGCUUGGAGUAAAAUCGUCACCCUGAGUGAGGAAACCAUCAAUACACCUCUUUAUUGCCAGCUAGACUCUCGCCAAAGCCAUCUGGUGACCGAUCAGCUAGUCAGAUAUGUAUUAGUAGGUGAAUCUCGUCCAAACUCCAAGGCUUUAAAAUCCCUUACACUUGCAGCUUUUGCUCCAACUUUGCAUUCUUCUGUGGAUUAUAAUGUUCGUUUAUACUGUGUGGAAAAUACCAGGGCAGCUCUGGAGGGUGUGAUUCAACUAGAGAAGAAAUUAGGAGGAAAACUGAUUGAUAACCCAAAAUCAAUGCCAUUUCAAGAUGGAGGCUCGAAUCUGUGUUUAUGUUUAGAGGAUAUUGGGCCAGGGUGGCGUUGCAAGCCUGGAGCCAACUACCAGGAAAUACCAUUCCAACACGUUUGGAGUACAACACAAAACCAUCUUCACUGUUCUUUCACUCUUGAACAUGUUGACCGCUCCCUACAGACUAUUCGCUUUCACGUCCUUGUAUAUCAACGAGGGAUUCAAGCCCAUCGGCAGAUUCUUCGCAUCAACACUGACCUACGAGAGAAACCACCACCAAGCCCAGCAGUGAACCUAUCUGUUCCUUUGGGAUCAACCAUAACUUCAGGAAUGGGAAACAGCUGUGUAGUGACAAUUGAUCCUCCAGCAGAGGGGUUCAGGCUGUCUUCAGAAGUACGUAAGCAACUUUGUGCCUAUCUUGAUCCUCCAACAACUAAGGGAAAUGAUUGGCGAAGACUUGCCCAAGAACUGGGUGUAGAUAGGUACAUCAAUUACUUUGCAACUAAAACAAGCCCAACUGAGCACAUUCUUGAUCUUUGGGAAGCAAGACACAGAGAGGCUACAGCUUUAACUGAUCUGAUGAAUUUCUUUCGAGUCAUGGAUCGUAAUGAUGCUGCUCUUGUUAUAGAAAGGGAUGCAGGACCUUGGCUCUGAAUCAUUUAAGUUAUUGAGACUGUAAAAUGUAUAUGUGCCACAUCAGUGUACAAGAGCUGUAACAGAUCUUGGACUUUGUUGUACAAGCGCUGUAAUAGAUCUUGGACUUUGUUGUACAUGGGCUGUAAUAGAUUGUAGACUUUGAUAUUCCUCUCUGUUGCAAGAAUAUGGUACGCAAGUAUGACUCAUUGUUGAUGGACUUGCAACAGGAAGAAGUAAUGUACAUAUUGAAAGAAAGAAGACGUCUAGGAUACUAGUGUACACCAGAUACACAAUUGAUGCUGUCAAAUUAGCUGAGGAACAAAAGAUGUUCAUGAGUAAUAGUAGUUUGAAGUGAACAUUUAUGUAUGAAGAUUAUAUAGGAAUUAUCUGACUUUCCUUACGAAAACUAAGUGACUUCUUUGUUGUAAGUGGGUAUAAGCCAUUCUAUGCAGCCUUGUCCUUGUGCCAAUAAACGUAGUAUUUUUAGUAAUUCUAGAACAUAAAGUUCCUCUUCUUAGAGCUUUGUGGACCAGAGAUUAUCUCAAGAGAAGUUUUUAACUUAAAAAUGUACUAUCCUUACUCGUAAUUUUUUUUUAUUCAUACAUUGUUUUCUGCACAAAUUUAGCCCAUGCAGAGUGUUACUCAAUUUUUCUAAAUAUUUUAAAACUUUCAUAAAUAACAACAGUCAACAAGUAUUUUUAGCUGAAACUUUUUCCAUAUUGAUAGUGAACACUUUUGAUGUAUUUGUGCUGCAACUUUUUCUUAUUCUGUUUAGUUCAUUAAGUGAAGAAAUACAAAUAUAGACUUGGUACAUUGCUUUUAUAUACGAAGGUGUGUAAUAACCAGUUUAGUCUGUCAGAAUUAGCUUAAUUUCUUUCUAUUUUUGAUAUUUCUUAAAAGAGAGAAAGAGAUUUACAUUUUUAAUCUCUCCAUUACAUCGUCUCCCUUUCUUUGUUGUGCAAUCGUCUCUGUUAAAAAUGAAGUAGGAAAUGUUGAAAGAUGGGGCAGUUUUCUUCUUAAUUCCUUCACUAUAUAAGAAAGCCAACUUGUUUUUGUGUACAUGAUUGUACAGCGCUUGUUUGUUUGUAUUGAAAUAAAGAGAGUUGAUAACGAAAAUAUGUUCUAUUUGUAA